AUGUCCAGUACCCAAUACGUCAAACGCGUCGACGGUCUCUCCGAAGAGCAGAAGCGUCUGUAUGAGGCUAAGAACAUGUCAAUCGCUCAGGACGCUAUGACCGAGGGGAUGCUGAAAGUUCCCGUUCACAAGAAUCUGCAACAUUACGCGGACGUACGUGUUUAUUCCUCUCGCAAGCCUGACCUCAGCGCUCAUAACAUUCAGCGCAACUUCGCACAGGACCACGUUUACUUCGUCGACGACCACGCCAAAAAGACGUCCAUCUUAUGUGAGCGCGGGACUCUUCGCGAGGCGUCUACGUGCUUCACUGCCAUGGUUUGGCACCUAUCCGUUAUGCCGUUUCUGUUCCAGCACGACGUUAACCGGAACGAGAAUUGGGCUCGUAGCGGCGCUCAGCAUCUUAUCCUCGCGACGUUAGGAUUGCCCGAGACUCAGCGCGUCAAGGAAGGUAUCCAGAACAUACAUACUAUGGCCAGCUUGCGCACACGCCAGAACGGACUCAAAGCUUUCCGCAACUACACGGUCGCCGGCGAGGACACCAUCUGUCUGAGCUUGCCUUUCUCCACUCACCCAGAACACGUUCUGCCGCACGAAAAGAUCAUAUCUAUACCGCCAGUCCUGGAUCCUCGCGGAGUUGCGUCCUCUUACGUUGAACGGAAGGGCCACGUCGUCACUUCUCGUAACUUGCUGGACGUAUGGCUUGCUGAUCCCACUCACGAAGCUGGAAGGUAUCGCUGCGAUCCCGUGCUUCCUGAGAUCCUCCGUCAGGGUCAGAUUGUACGCGUCGAGGUGGUCUUCCGUAUUGUGCCGGCCGGCAACGACGUGGCGCUGCGCAUGGACAUGAAGUCCGUUGUCAUCAUCAACACUGAGGUCGCCACGAACAUCGCUUUCGCUGAACGAGCUUUGGAGCUUCAGCGCGAGCAGGAGCUCACCACCUACUUGCUAGGCGGAGCUGGUCCCUCUGGCACAAUCAUUCAGCCGUCUAGCGAUUUCAACCGUACCUUCACACCAUCGCAGGAUGUUCAGAAUGGCGGGGACGCUUCCAUGGUAGAAGAGCCAACUCCGGUCGUAUUCGAGGAGGCUGAGCGUUUCGUCGCAUCUGGAUGGGAGGAAUUCAAUGGCCGGGAGAAGGGAAAGGGGAAAGAGACAGAGACAGCAAAGGACGGGGACGUCAGUUUGGAUGGGAUGCUCUAUCUGCCCGGCGGGCCUUUUGUCGAGUCGUGA